GCGCGGCGCGCCGGCGCAGUGUGAAGCCGACAGGACGCGGGGAUUGGUCCGUCUUCGCCGAGUCCAGAGCCAAUGGGCGACGAGCGGCCUGUUUUGUGUUAGGAGGGGGCGGUAAAGUCGAUGAGGCACGAGCGAGGGAAGCACGUGCUGUGGCGCGAGGCUGGCAGCGUGGGCGGAGGGUCUACCCCUCCCCGCCACCCUCUCCUGUGUCUGGCUGCGGAGAGUCGGGGAUUGGAGGUGAUCUACUGGCUAAUGCGCUCUGUUUAGUUUUAGGACGUUAUGAGGAACAACCAAUUAUACUGCCAGACUCCACCUUCAAUUACUGUCCGGAUGAAACCCGUGGGAACAAGAUCAAAUCAACAAAGGAAAAGAACAAAGUUAAAGCAAUCAUGUGUACCAAAAGCUCAGAAAACGCACAGAAAGAAUACUGAUGUUAUUUCAAAAUCCAAGCAUACGAGAGGGCCUUGUCUAAUUAUUCAGCGGCAAGAAAUGGCAGCUUUCUUCAAACUAUUUGGAUAUUACAAUGAAGAGAAUUCAAAAUGGAAAAAGAGAAGCCCAAUGAAAGCUGCAGGAAGAGCACCUCAUUUUUCAUUUGGAUACUUAGCCAAUACCAUGGAGGAGGAUGAGGAGGAAUACAAGUAUGAAAUUUUUCCAUGGGCUCUUGGAAAAAAAUGGAAGAAAUUAUUUCCAGAUUUCUUAAAGCAACGAGAUCAGCUUUGGGCAAAAAUUAGUUUUAGGGCAGCUGUGAGUAAACGCUGUUGUGAGGAGGUUAUGGCAAUUGCUCCAUCCCAUUACAUCUGGCAACGGGGAAGGCCACUGCAUCACAGUGGUGCUAUCAGAAGAUACAUGCGAAAUGAAGUCAAAAUACCUCGGGGUCCCUGUGACACACCAGUUCACUGUUCACUUUGUGGCCAGAAAGAGGGUUUCCUCAGCAUGCGUAUAUCAUCAUCAUCAUCAUCAUCAUCCUCUUGUGAAAGUUUGAUAAUAACUAAGAAAGACUUGUAUCGUAGUAAUGCUGAGCAGCAUUCAGAUAACAUGGAAUUUAAUACCUACUAUUCCACAACUGAUUGUCAAACUGUACAAAAUGGGGAAAGAAAAUAUGACAUUGCAGUGAAGGACAGAUCCAUGGACUGGUUUAAUGGAAAUGAGGAGUGAGGAUACCUUGCAAAUAACUGGGUUCAUGCCACCAGAAAUGUGUUGCAAGCAAGAGCGAAAAACAUCCUAAAUUUUGAUGUAACAGUUUCUCACUAAGCCCACAUUGACUUAAGAGUACCAACAUGCAUCUUCCUGUCUGAACAUCAAGACAAAGGAAAAGUAUUAACAAGAGCUGCUGGUAUGAAUGAAGACUCAAUUCUGAACAGUAUCCCCAUUAAAAAGGUUGUUUGUUAAAACAACUUGGAACAGAAAUUUUCAUGACCAAUUUAAACACUUACUAUGGUGGUGCAUAGUGGCCAUCAGAAUAAAACAGGUAGGCAGGAUUUUGGUCUUGUAAAUUUCUACUAGCUCUUUAAAUGUCUUACAUUGACCUGUUGCUAUUUCAAAGACCUUUGCUACCUGUUAACUGACAAGCAUGUAGUUCUUUAUGAACACGAAACUACUUUGCUCGCCUUUUACGUUCAAAUGAUUUUUUGAUUGUUUUUGUGUCCUUUUUUCUCCUGCCACUGUCUAUA